AUGGUGCCCCUACCUUUCGGUUUUAAAGCAAACUGUAGUAAUACAAUAGUGUAUGUAGCAACAAGACACCCCAAUGUCGUAGGCAGCAUCCCGUUCACUGAGAACAUGCCGAAAGCAGAAAAUUUCUUGAACUCUACAUUGAAGAUUCUAGUUUACUUUAUAACAACUUUUCUACAGUCCCUGCUGUACAUUGAAAUACUUUUAAUUUGGAUCAAAAGUCAUGCGAUUGACAUAAAAUCAAUCGCUACACACUCAUUAGGAGUAACUUUCUGGAUAUUGAAAGGGUUGAUGAUAGAAUCAGCGUUAUGUUUAUCAUGCAAUAUGCUUUACCAAAGUGUAUCAGCCAGCCAACUGUCCAUAUACAAUACCAAUAUUUGGAAAUCUCGAAGUGUGCGACGGUUUUCUAAAAAUGUACUAAGAACUCAAAGGAUUCAUAGCAGCAAGAUCAGCGCUUUUGGUGUUUUUAAUGUUGAUGCAGCAUUACCCUUACGUAUGGGCGCAUUAAUAACUACAUAUACUAUUGUGUUAUUACAAUUUGCAUUUCUAUAA